ACAGUCGGUGUGAUCGAGGCGUCAGAUUGAGAUUGAUUCUGUGACGCUUGCCAAACAGAGCGCACUCAAAGUUGGGAGAAGCAAGCCCCCUAGAAACCUUUUUAGGCAUGACACUGGAUGCUUACUGGUGAUGUUACUGCUCCUACUUUAUCAGAAGUGGAUUCAAGUUGAGGCUGACCAUACAACUGUGUAAUGUUUUUUUGGGAGAAAAAGUAACCUGAUGGAGUUUAUUUAUGGACGAUGCAAUCGUUUGUUCUCCUCGCUUCUCUGUGUGGAUACGUCCUUUGCUCAGUCUGGCCUUAUCAGAUGCAGUGUUACCACUGUGAAGAGACUCUGUUGGACAAUGACUGUUCAGCUCCAAAGUUCAUUGUCAACUGCACAGCAAACAUCCAGAAUGCCUGUCAGAAGGAGGUGAUUGUGGGUGAAAAUGGUGUGACUUACAGGAAGGCCUGUGCCUCCUUCUCCACCUGUCUGAUUGUUUCAGCAGGGUAUCAGUCUUUCUGUGUCCCGGGCCGGGUGGGCUCUGUCUGCAUUAGCUGCUGUAACACCCCCCUGUGCAACGGACCCCGCCCCCCCAGGAUCUCCCUGGCCCCCAGCCAUCCUCCUACCAGCCCCACUGGGCUCCUCCUCAUCGUCACUGUUUCCAUGGCAACACUGCCCUGAUAUGGACACUGGUAUUGGCUAGAUUGGACUGAAUGUUCUCAGGUGUGGAGGUGCCUGGUGUUGGAGCGAACACUGUCCUGAGAGAUGACGGUGGACAGAGAUUCUGCAAUCAAGGCAACAGAGCUGACCGACACAUACUGGUCUGUUGACGGGAGUGAGAAAAACAUGAGAAAUUUAGGCAGUAAAUGAAAUCUGACCCAAAAGUUUAUAAAAAUAUGUUGCAUCCAUAGUAAAUUAAACAUUUUCACAUAGGAAGAUUAAAUUUUAAUCAUUAUUGCAGACCGCACCGAAUCAAAUAACUAGUGUUUAUAUGCCAGAGUACAUUCAGUACUACACACAAUGUUUACG